GUAUAGUUUACGCGCUAAAUAUGAAUUGGCAAAAUCAACGUGUCGAGAAAGUCUGAUUUGUUUACUUUCUGUUCUAUUUCGAUUUUCGAUCUUCGAUGUGCCUAUUUUUUGUAUUAUUCCACAGACUGUUCUAGCUUCAGGAAUCUGAAAUAUUUUCAUACAAAGUCGAAAGGUGAAUAAAAUUAUUCGAGAGAGCAGCCUGGAACUGUUUGCGUUGGUUCAUAUACCUAUGUACUGCACAGAGCAUAACGAGAAAGGAAUUACGCUUACUAAGAACCAUGAUUUAUUGUAUAGCUUGCGGUUGUAGAUAUCAAGUCGGAUGUCAAAAGAAAUUUCACUUAUUACCCCGCCUUCAGUCAAUACAAGAGAAAUGGAAAGACUUCAUCCGAUUAGCUUGGGGAUCUGCUUGGGAAGAACCUAGGAUCUGGGGUAGGAGGCAUGUCUGCGCAGACCACUUUGACAAGACGGAUUACAGCGUUGAUAAAAUUGGCUAUCUAAAGGAAAAUGCCGUGCCACACAUUAUGAAGGCAGAAAAUGAUCUCAGCACUAUUCGAAUCAGGAGGAAAUCAAAAGAUACAAGCCCAAAGCAGCGUGUUCCUACAAAACCAAAAUUAACUGAGAAACCUGCUGGCCCAGAUUACAUGAGUAUUACAGAAGGUGAAAUGCAGACGGAGCCAGUAGAAUUUCCAGCAAUGAUCAACGAUUUAGAUUCACCUCUCCAAAAGAAUAUUCUUGUGGCAGCCAUGGAUAGUUUCAAGAAAAAGAUUGAAUAUCUUGAAAUGGCCUCAAAACAGCCUCUAACAAAAUCUGAAUGUACAACACUCGAACAACUCAAGAAGAACGUCAGAGAUUUGAAUGAGCGACUCCAGCAGUGGGCUCUUGGAAUGAUGACUGAAGAAGUAGUCUUUCCUGAAAAGCAUACCCAAGUGUCUGAAUUUGUGCAGGCUGAGUACCUUCUGUUAAAAGCGGAAGGAAAGCUAGCCAAAAUUCAAGUCCAAAACAGGGAGGCCAAGCUGAAGACAAUGAGAGAAGAAAUAAAAGAUGCUGAGAAGAGAGCUGAGGAGGCUGAAAGAAAACUCGCAGAAAUGAUUUUGGCUGAACAAAAACAAAUUGACGGCUCUGACAUCAAAGAGUUGAGAGGAAAAGUGAAAGAAGCUGAAAGGAAAGUCCAUUCAGUUCAACAACAAAAUGAAAAAUUGAGACUGAAAUUGGACGAGAUGUCAAAGAUUUAUAAAGCUAAACAAGCUGAGCCAGGCGUAGCAGAAUUAAGGGCUGCAAAUGAAAAAUUGGAAUUCCAACUUUCACUAGCUCACAAUACAAGCGAAGAAUUGAAGUUCCAACUCACGCUGGCUGAGGUGCAGAGCAGCGCCAAAAUUAAGGUCCUCAACUUAAAAUUGAAUGCUGCUAAUAAGGAGCUUGCCAAUAGAUACAAGAUUAUUCAAAAGGAGAGAAAGAAGCAGCAACAAAUGGAGAUUCCAAGGAGAAUCAGGACAUCAAAAGUAGUAAAAACCAAGGUAGAAUCAAAGCAAAUAAGAAGAUUUGCCAGCAAAAUUGUUUUGCCGUUUGGCUGUGUCAAUCCCAAUGCUCCUUUAGUUCCAAUGGAUGUGAAUGGAGAGACUUUGGAGCCAUCAGUUGUAAUCAUGUUGCCUAUUAAAUCAGAAGAUAACCUGUAAAUUAAACAUUUUGUAAAGCCAUACAGGGUCAGUCUGCUGAAUACGGCAUAUAUUUUUCCCAAGUAACUCAAUAAAAUCAUAUGUGAUUGAUAAAAAUACCGAAAAAUAUCAGAUAUGCAUAUUAUAUCAUUAACUGACAUAUCAUAAUUAUUUUGCAUUAUAAACAACAGUAAAUAAAAACAAUGAUUU